CUCCGAUACACAAGCGGUUAGCUCUCCGUGGCUGGUUAAUUUUAUGCUUGGUUAAAAUAUGGUUAAAUAAGGACUGUGCAACGUCGUAUAUACUUUUGUAAUCCCAAUGAGACCAAUAUUGGAUUAAAUUAUGACUUCGUUAAAGAGCGUUUUUGUUUUGAAGAGCCCAAUGUCUUUCGAAUGUCCAGUCUAAAACUAACUUCACUGCAGUCGCGUGGAUUGGGAGACGGUACUUGGAAAAGUAAUCGACUUACGUUGCAGAUGGAGGACAAACCCAGCCUGCUGCUCUCCUUCCACACUGAGCCUAAAGAAGAGUCACUGGAUUCUUAUUGGGACAGUGGAGCUCAGUGUUCAUUGGUGGAUUCAGAGAUGAAAAUAGAGAAGCUAGAAAACUGCAGUCAAACACUGGGGCCGAAUGAUAUUAAAUAUGAAGAGGAGAAGAAGAUUGGGGAUUUAACUAAUCAAGAUGAGUUGGCUGAAGUUGAUACAUUUCCUACAUGUGGAGAGCAACAACAGGAAGACUACAAAGAUAAGAAGUCUCACCUCUGCACCCACUGUGGAAAACAUUUCCUUUCUAUAUCACUGCUAAAAAGACAAAUUAACAUACACUCAGGAGAGAAGCCUAACUCGUGUUCUGACUGUGGGAAGAGUUUCAUUUCAUCAUGUAAUUUAACUGGACAUGAGAGAUUGCAUUCAGGAGAGAAGCCUUACUCCUGUCCUGACUGUGGGAUGUGUUUUUCUCAAACACAUUGCCUUAUUACUCACCAGCGCAUACAUACUGGAGAGAAGCCUUACUCCUGUUCAGACUGUGGGAAGAGUUUCUCUCAGUUAGGCAGCUUUAAAACUCACAAGCGCAUACACACAGGAGAGAAGCCGUACUUGUGUCCUGAUUGUGGGAAGAGUUUCUCCCUGCUAGAUAGACUUAAAACUCACCAGCGCAUACAUACUGGAGAGAAGCCUUACUCCUGUCCUGACUGUGGGAUGUGUUUCUCUCGACUAGGUAACCUUAAUAGUCACCAGCGCAUACAUACUGGAGAGAAGCCUUACUCCUGUACUGACUGUGGGAAGAGUUUCUCUAGUCGAGGUAGCUUUAAAAUUCACCAGCGCAUACAUACUGGAGAGAAGCCUUACUCCUGUCCUGACUGUGGGAUGUGUUUUUCUCAAACAAAUAGCCUUAUUACUCACCAGCGCAUACAUACUGGAGAGAAGCCUUACUCCUGUACUGACUGUGGGAAGAGUUUCUCUCAGUUAGGCAGCUUCAAAACUCACCAGCGCGUACACACAGGAGAGAAGCCAUACUUGUGUCCUGACUGUGGGAAGAGUUUCUCUCUGCUAGAUAGACUUAAAACUCACCUGCGCAUACAUACUGGAGAGAAGCCUUACUCCUGUACUGACUGUGGGAAGAGUUUCUCUCAACUAACUAACUUUAAAAUUCAUCAGCGCAUACACACUGGAGAGAAGCCUUACUCCUGUUCUGACUGUGAGAUGUGUUUCUCUCAACUAGGUAGCCUUAAAACUCACCAGCGCAUACACACUGGAGAGAAGCCUUACUCCUGUUCUGACUGUGGAAAGAGUUUCUCUCAUUUAGUCCGCUUUAAAACUCACCAGCGCAUACACACUGGAGAGAAGCCAUACUUGUGUUCUGUCUGUGGGAAGAGUUUCUCUCAAUUGGACCACUUUAAAACUCACCAGAGCAUACACACUGCAAGCAAGCACCUUCAUUGAUAUAGCACAGUGGAAGCAAUACAAUGUGCUUUAAAAUGAAAAGGAACGUAAAAAAAUGCCAGAUUCUUACAAUUCUGUAACAACCCUCCACCCCGGUAUCUGAAGCCAUACUCUUGUUCUGACUUUGGGAAGAGUUUCAAUCGUCUUGUCUUCCUCCAAACACAUCAGAGGAUUCAUAGUACUGGAUAACACUACUUUUGAAUGUAGGAAGUGCUUUUUGACAAUAUAUUAAUUAUUAUUCAUCACAGAGUACCGAAGGAACUGAAAAAUGUAAAUUCUAGAUACACAGCUCUGGAAAAUAUUAAGGGACCA